AUGUCAACGGUUACAGCUUCGGUGGUUGAUGUUUCCAGAAAUAUUAAUUCAACCGAAAACGGAAACCGUGGCGGCCGUAAUUAUACAGGUAAGCGAGAUUCAAUAUCUAUCCAAGGUGGUCAUAGAUGUCAUGUCAUUCGUGCAGUGGCUGAAAUUAGAGCUUUAUUGGAGGCAUUAUGAAUUUGUUUAAUUUAUUUGUUAAUAACCAUUUAUAGCUGCAAACUGUGUGUGUAUACAUCACAGAGUGGACCUGCCAAAAUGUCAUUUCGUUAGGAGAAAAUGUAUUCCAUGACACACACACAAAUAGCAACUAAUUUAUAUGAUGUACUGUAUCUGUAAUGCUCAAUUAUUUACAUAGCAGCAAAACUACAUCACUUUAUAAAAGCGACGACUCAUUUGUUUAGGCCUACAAAGUAUCACAUGACAACAAAUACAUAAAAGGAAUGAAAGGUAUUGAAGUCUUAUAGGCUAUGGCUUCAAAUCAAAUCAAAGUUUAUUAGUCGCGUACACAGAUUUGCAGAUGUUGUCGCUGGUGCAGCAAUAAAAAAACACAAUACACCAAUAGAAUAGUCUAUUGUCUAUUCUGAGCCUGCAUUGUGUAUAAGGGCGAAACAAUCUAAAGGGGAAGUGAGUGUGUUUCUAUAGAUCACAUGGUCUGAGAAGCUGCAGGUGGCUUUCAGAAUGGUAUGUUUCUUAGUUUCACAUUAACUAACACUACGGUUGUACUGAGCUAUCAGAUGUACAGUCUACACUUUUAAACACAUACACAAAUACACACACACGCAUAUACCCACGCGCGCGCACACAUACACACGCACACACACAUGCAAAAGUUACAUACAAUGUUAUUUGAUUUGAUUUGAUUUAAAAGUGAUGCUCUGCACUGGCUGGCCUACUUCCAAGGGGGAAGCCCUUGUGUACUGAAAAAAUGUUGCAUAAAUAUGGUGUUUUCUGUGGAUCUGUUCAGGCUGGUGAGGUUUCAUCAUGGCCUUGAAAGGCCUACUCAGCAAUAUGAUUCACCCUACCAGCCCAGCCCAGCCCAACGGACAGAGAACUGAUCUCUUUGAUCAGAAAUCUAUGAGUCACAAACAGACUGCUGGAGAGCGCUGUCUGUCAGAAAUGAUGGUUUAUGAAUUAGCUUGCCACCCAAUACUCAGUCAGCAAUAUAACUAUCUUGCUUGCUGACUCUCUCUCUCUCUCUCUUCGCUCUCUCUCUCGCUCUCGCUCUCUCGCUCUCUCUCUCUCUCUCUCUCUCUCUCUCUCUCUCUCUCUCUCUCUCUCUCUCUCUCUCUCUCUCUCUCUCUCUCUCUCUCUCUCUCUCUCUCUCUCUCAAUUAAAUUCAAGGGGCUUUAUUGGCAUAGGAAACAUGUGUUUACAUUGCCAAAGCAAGUGAAAUGGAUAAACAAAAGUGAAAUAAACAAUAAAAAGUGAACAGUAAAUAUUACACUCACACAAGUUCCAAAAUAACAGAGACAUUUCAAAUGUCAUAUUAUGUCUAUAUACAGUGUUGUAACGAUGUGCAAAUAGUUAAAGUAAAUAAGGGAAAAUAAAUAAAUAUAAAUAUGGGUUGUAUUUGCGAUGGUGUUUGUUCUUCACUGGUUGCCCUUUUCUUGUGGCAACAGGUCACACAUCUUGCUGCUGUGAUGGCACACUGUGGUUUUUCACCCAGUAGAUAUGGGAGUUUAUCAAAAUUGUAUUUGUUUUCUAAUUCUUUGUGGGUCUGUGUAAUCUGAGAGAAAAAUAUGUAUCUCUAAUAUGGUCAUACAUUUGGCAGGAGGUUAGAAAGUGUAGCUCAGUUUCAACCUCAUUUUGUGGGCAGUGUGCACAUAGCCUGUCUCCUCUUGAGAGCCAGGUCUGCCUAUGGCGACCUUUCUCAAUAGCAAGGCCAUGCUCACUGAGUCUGUACAUAGUCAAAGCUUUCCUUAAUUUUGGGUCAGUCACAGUGGUCAGGUAUUAUGCCACUGUGUACGCUCUGUUUAGGGCCAAAUAGCAUUCUACUUUGCUCUGUUUUUUUGUUAAUUCUUUCCAAUGUGUCAAGUAAUUAUCUUUUUGUUUUCUCAUGAUUUGGUUGGGUCUAAUUGUGUUGCUGUCCUGGGCCUCUGUGGGGUUGUUUGUGUUUGUGAACAGAGCCCCAGGACCAGCUUGCUUAGGGGAUUCUUCUCCAGGUUCAUCUCUCUGUAGGUGAUGGCUUUGUUAUGGAAGGUUUGGGAAUCACUUCCUUUUUUGGUGGAUGUAGAAUUUAAUUGCUUUUUUCUGGGUUUUGAUAAUUAGCGGGUAUCGGCCUAAUUCUGCUCUGCAUGCAUUAUUUGGUGUUUUACUUUGUACACUGAGAAUAUUUCUCUCUCUCUCUCUCUCUCUCUCUCUCUCUCUCUCUCUCUCUCUCUCUCUCUCUCUCUCUCUCUCUCUCGCACUCUCUUUUAAUUUCAUCCUCUCUAUCUCCCACUCUCUCUCUCUCGCUCUAGUAUUCAAAGGAAUACUUAUACAUUUUCGAUUUACUAAUGCUAUUUCAAACUUUAUCUAAAUUAAAAACAACUUGGUCCUUUCCGAUACCGUUGAAGAGUUCAGACAUGAUUUCGCCAACGUGUACGACCUCUUGUGGUGGCAAAGAGACACUACAUCAAUUUGUACACAAUUGUAAUAGGCCUAGGCUACAUGAUUUCACAGACAAUUUUCCUCAAUGACAUUUCCAUUAUACUUGAGGUGAUAAGGUGAAAAUGUAAACAGAGAAUGUACUAUGUGUUAUAUUAACCAAUUACAGUAGCACAGCCAGUGUAAAAACAAUCGACUAAACACAGUUCACAGGAUGUAACAGAGCUGUUGUGUUUAUCCUACAAGCUGAUACUCCAGGCUUCUUUGCCAAGUUGGCUUACUUUGAGUCAUUUUCUCAAAUACACUCCUGUAUAUUUACAUUAGAGCAGUGUCAUUCUGUGAAGGAUCAUAGUUCAGUGUGUAAAACAGAGCCUGAUAACCAGCUGUUUAACAUGGCCCCAGAUGGGACCUGAGUUUCUGCCAAGCUAGCAGGCCUUUUGUUUAAUGAUUUAUCAUGUUUCCUGCUUUGAGACAAUCAGCAUUAGAUACAGCAAUGCUCAGGGCUGCAGAUGGGGUGGUUUUUUUUUGUCACACAAUGAUGGGCAGCCCCCUACAGGGCUUCUAUGCAGAGUGUUCUGUAAUGUAAUGUUCUGUACUGUAGUGUUCUGUACUGUAGUGUUCUGUAAAGUAGUGUUCUGUAAUGUAGUGUUCUCUUCUGUUUACAUAUGGCUGGAAAUACCAUAGUGACCAUAUCCGUUCUCCCCCUCCAGGCCAGUGCACCCCAAUGCCCCUGCCUGCGCUGGUGACCCAGAAGAUUAUCCAGGGGAAUGGCACCAACGUGGGCACGGUGAUCACCUUGCAGUGCCCGUCCAGACACCAUCUGGUGGGGGGCAGUGAGGUGUCCUGCGUCUGGGGCAGCAACAGCACCCAGUGGUCAGGAGGUUCUCCCUGGUGUAAACGUAUGUAUCUAUUGUUGAGUGGAUACCUACCCACUGGGUACAAACUGAUUGAAUAAACAUAAUUUGUCAAUGUAUUGUGACGUGGAAUCUAAGUGGAAAAUACAUUGGAUUUGAAAAAAGUCAUCAAAUCAACUGUUGUUUUGAGGGUGAAACUUCAACCACAGGAUUAUGUCAUCAUGGUAACCAAAUUUCAACAUAGACACAUCUUUUAUAAAAUAUGUUGAAUUUGUACCUUUAAAACAAAGUCAGAUCUUCAACAUUAUAUCCACUAUCAGAAAAAAAACAGGCUGGGCAGCAUCUCCUACUGGAGAAUUGAUCUAUCUACUGCUACCAUUUGGUCUCCCAUCCAGGGUUUUAACCAAGCCCAGUCCUACUUAGCUAUGAUAUUUGUCACUGACUAUUACCAAUGUGCUAUCGUGAGAAUAAUAGUUGAGUUAUCUUCACUUAAAAAUGAAAUACACUGAGUGUACAAAAUAUUAAGAACACAUGCUCUUUCCAUGACAUAGACUGACCAGGUGAAUCCAGGUGAAAGCUAUGAUCCCUUAUUGAUGCCACUUGUUAAGUCCACUUCAAUCAGUGUUGAUGAAGGGGAGGAGACAGGUUAAAGGAUUUAUAAACCUUGAGACAAUUGAGACAUGGAUUGUGUAUGUGUGCCAUUCAGAGGGUUAAUGGGCAAGAGAAAACAUUUAAGUGACUUUGAACAGAGUAUGGUAGUAGGUGCUAGGCGCACCGGCUUGUGUCAAGAACUGCAAUGCUGCUGGGUUUUUCACGCUCAACAGUUUCCGGUGGGUAUCAAGAAUGGUCCACCACCCAAAGGGCAUCCAGCCAACUUGACACAACUGUGGGAAGCAUUGGAGUCAACAUGGGCCAGCAUCCCUGUGGAACACUUUCCACACCUUGUAGAGCCAUGCCCCGACGAAUUGGGGGGGGGUGUUCUUAAUAUUUUGUACACUCAGUGUAGAUUCAUUGUUGCUAUCGAAGUCAUUCCAAAGGGUAGGUUUAACGGAGCGAAUGAAAUGUGACCAUACUUUAUCACUCAUAUAUCAUCAAUUAUGCUAUUUAGCCCUAUAUAGCAUUUGCAAAGUCAUCAACAGCUGUUGUUUCAAUUCAACCCAGAAUUCAACUAAACAUAGACAAUACAAUAGGCCUAGGGUUUCAAGCUCUGGUUGAUUUCAAAUGGAAUAUUAUUUUGUGAUAUUAAAUUGUAUUUGGUUGUCAAUUUGGUUUAGUCCCAGCAAUCAAAGGAAACAGCAUCAGUACAGUGCCUGUUAUGUUUGUUCUUGAAAUAUUCCUAGACAUUCUUUUCAUAUUUCUUAAGCCUCUUAUGUAAAGCGUAUUUACAUUUGAUGAGGAACAGAAAUCCAAAUGGGAGACUGUCAGGUUUGUCCCUCUUUCACUCUGUCUGUCUGACUCUAUGAGUCAGCUCUGCUGGCCAAUCAAUGGCUGAGAGCAUGUGGAGACAGCCGUCACUUCAGUCAUACAUUAUGGAUGAGCCAGGCUCAACUCUACUGUGAAAAUGAAAGUUGUCCUCUUAGGACAGUGUGUGUGUGUGUGUGUGUGUGUGUGUGUGUGUGUGUGUGUGUGUGUGUGUGUGUGGAGUAAAUUAAAAGAUUCAGAAUGCAUUGAGUGGAAAAAGUGCAGGGAUUGCAAACUCCCCCAGAGCUGUGUCUGCCUGCCUGUCAGUCUCUUCAUUAUUCUGAAGAAGAGGAAUAUAGAGGAAUAUAUUGGAGAUCCCCAGCAAAACAAAAUAUAUGUUCCUAAAACACAAAAACUGUCCAGUUGUGCGGAUGAUUCUACAAUGUUUAUUUUAGGGUGCAAAAAACAAUUUGUAAUUCGCUCUGGAUAAGAGCGUCUGCUAAAUGACGUAAAUGUAAAUGUAAAAAAACAUUCAUCUGAUUUUACAAAGAUGAUCCUAGAACACAUUUAGUCUAUUCUUUAAAGGUUCCCAGAAUGUGUCAUUAGGUUGUGGGAACAGUCUGGUGAGAGAUAUGUUCCCAAAACACAAAAACUAUCCAGUUCGUUAGGUUGUGGGAACAUUGUGGGGAUAUGACAAGAGAUAGGUUCCCCAAACACUAAAACUGUCCAGUUGUGCUGACAUUCAGUUAAUGUUUGUAUCAGGGUGCACAAAACAUUCCUUUGAUGUUGCAGGAAUGUUGGCAGAACAGCCUUUCUGAGUUCAUUAAAUGUUCGCAGAACAUUUAAUUAGGUUGUGGGAACAGUGUGGGUACAUUAUAAUAGAUAGGUUCCCAAAACACAAAAUAUGCUUAGUUGUGAUGACAAUCAUACAAUGUUUAAAUUAGGUUGAAUGAAAUAAGUUCAUUUUUACGACGUUCAUAGCAUAUUUGUUUUAGGUUUAACAUAAUUUUCCAUUGAUGUUCAUGCAAUAUACAUUUUACCUUGUCUUGGAGGUCCUCAGAACAUUUCAAGAACAUUUAGAAACGUUAUAUUUAGGUUUUACCUAAUAUUACCACAACAUUCACAUUUGUAGCUCCUUAAAGCAGAUUGGAAUACAUCCCAAUUCUGUUCCUCUCCAGAUUUAAUGGCAAUUCACAUUGAGGACUGUAUUGUAGGUGAUAUAGUGACACAUGGCAUUUUAAUUUCAUAGGACUCUUGAACAGCAUUUAAUCAUAAACAUAUUUUUCAAAAUUAACAUGUUUACAAUCUGUACAUUAUUUCAUACAGAGGACAUUUAAAUAGCAUGUACUCAAACAAACAUAACCAUAUAUUUUUCAGGAAUCAGGAAUUCCAUGCUUUCUUUUUAGCCUUUUUAGACAUAACUAACCCAGGGAAAUACUGGUAACUGGGUUAUUCACCAUCACUUCACCCAUCCUCUUUAUAUGCCCAUAUUUACAAGGCUAUGAGUGCUGAGGAUCACUUUUGCUUUUCAGGUCAUGAAAGUAGGAAUUUUCAGAUCGUCUUUUCAGAUCGUCUUAAAGUAGGAAUUAUAUAGCAUUUUUACACAAUGUUACAUUUUUUACAGUUAGUUUUAAUUCUGAAUUAUUUUAAAUUGAGAUAAAAAUGUGUGUAUUGGACCUUUAAAUCAAUAAAUGAUGUUCCCACCAGACUGUUCCCACAACCUAAUGAAACAUUCUGGGAACCUUUUAAGAACAGACGAAAGGACACUAGUCUAUUAUAACUGAAUGCAAUACCGUGAAAAAGGCAUUCAAAUAUAUGAUAUAGCCAUCACUUUCUGUAGGCAGAUUUCAUAAAUAGAUUGAUCGAUUUCUUUGUAUGUUUUUCCCCUCCCUCUCCCAGCGUUGUCCCUGUCGGAUGACUUUGGGUUCCGUGUGGCGGUGGUGUCCUCUAUCAUCAGCUGUGCCAUCAUCCUCCUCAUGUCCAUGGCCUUCAUCACCUGCUGUCUGCUUGACUGUGUCAAGGAGGAGGAAAGGAAAAAGGAGGAGAGGUGA